GCUCACUCUGCUCACUCUGCUCACUCUGCUCACGCUGUUCACUUGGUGGUGAGCUGACGAUGUGACAAUCACACUCACUGCCUUCCUUCUUCCCUGCUUCUCAGUCUGAAGCAGAGUGUGGCACAUAUGCACGCAUGGUGGAUGGUAGCGCGACGAGCUGCUUCGCUGCCUUCUACGUCAAGUGGCUUGAAUCGUCUGGGGUGCGCGUGGCCGUGCUGCGAUACGAUCUCGAUCCUGAUGUGAUGGCGGAGGCCAUCCGUGGUGUCAAUGGCGUGCUGUUUACUGGCGGCGGUGAAUCUCUGAAGCCCAACACGCCCUACUACGAAGCUGCCAACCGUAUCUUCAAACAAGUCCUGGACAUUAAUGACCAGGGCACCUUCCUUCCUCUCUGGGGGACCUGCAUGGGAUUCCAACUGCUCACCAUCCUCGCAGCAAACAACCAGUCUGUCCUGGAGCACCACGCCUUUGACAGCGAGGACAUUUCGCUGCCGCUGCUGUUCUCGAGCGAGGCUGCAGAUUCGCGGCUGGUGCAGGCCAUGCCAUCACACAUCCACUCCAUUUUGCAGCGCAACGUCACCAGCAAUCUCCACCACGACGGUGUCAAGCCAGAGACAUAUGCGACAAAUGGGCGCCUAAAGGCAUUUUACCGCCUCAUCUCCACCAGCGUCGACCGCAAAGGAAACCCGUUUGGCAGCACCCUCGAGGCCCGCAACUACCCCAUCACCGCCACGCAGUGGCAUCCAGAGCGACCGCAGUUCGAAUGGCGCCUGCAUGAAGGGUUUUCGCACACGAUGGAGACGUUUGAAGCGAUGCAGUGGAUGGGGCGCUACUUCUCGUCGCUCGUGCACCAGAGCAACCAGUCGUUUGCAAAUGCGACGUUGGAGGCGGAGCUGAGUAUUUACCGACACCACGUGACGCUCGACCCGACUGGGGGCUCGUACCAGUUCUACAUCUUCGGCUGAGAACACGGUGGUGGUGUGUGUCUCUGUCUGUCUGUCUGCCUGUCUGUCUGUCUGUCUGUCUGUCUGUCUGUCUGUCUGCCUGUCUGUCUGUCUGUCUGUCUGUC